UUCGGUCAAACUAAUGAACACCAGACUGAUUCCAAUGGUGAGGUAAUCCCCAUAGGUCGUCAUUACCUCAUCAUGCACUUUAUCUCAAGCAAACUACAAUGAUAUGUUACCAAUUCCAUCAACCGUGAAAGGGAAGGUCUUUCUAAUUUUGAAGUGUGGGACUUUGGAAAGCAGAUCUUGAGUGGCCUCUUAUACCUGCACAAACACAAGCCAUUUCCAAUAGCUCAUAUGGAUUUAAAACCGGACAACAUACUGCUGGAUGAAGGUCAGAUUCAUCCUCGAGUGAAACUUGCUGAUUUUGGUCUAUCCCUGCCUCUGAGUCAGGAUAACAUAAAGACUUACGGCGGACAUGCUCGUUGGAUGGCACCAGAAUUGUGGCUUAGCCAAACCUCAUUGCAUCAGCAGUCGAAAGAAUUAUGUCUUAAGAGUGAUGUGUUUAGUUAUGGUCUUAUCUUGCUGUUUCUAAUUACUGGAAAGACACCUUGGCAUUCUAUUACUGACCUUGAUUAUCCAACUGCUUCAAGCAGCAGCAACAGCGGCAGCUUCAGCAGAGGCAUCAGUUUGAGUGAACUUCCAGACGAAGGAAGAUUUGAGAUUCCAGGAAAUCUUGCACCCGAACUAUUGGCAAUAAUACAACACUGCUAAGUGGAGAAACCUAUGGAUAGAGCAAACUGUAGUCAAGUUAAUGAUCUUUAUUAC